AUGUCCUUGAUGCACGAUGCAAGCCAAUAUGGAUCAUUCAAAGACCUCGUGGACGACUCGGGAGCUCCAACUGUAUCGGCUCGGGAUCUGAACUCACCACAACUUACUAGUACCACAAUAUCUCGACUUGAUAGAAGCCACGCUCCUGCUAUCAGGGUGCUGUUUGCCCCUCUUGACUAUCCCUCCGCCGGAACAUCAAGUACACUGAUGGCACUUCUUGAGCAAUUCAAGAUUCCAACUACGUUCUUGUACGAGAGGAUCCAGAGCGUAACCCAUUCAUUCGGUUUUGAGGAGAGCCAGGCUGGCGAAUUCUGCUCUUGGUUCCAUUUCCUCUGCAAAGCGAUUGAGCCUAAGCAUGACAACUUCUUGUGGUUGAGAAGUGCAUAUUUUCUGCGCCGAGAUCAGCGGGGAAAGCUCAUUUUGAUCUGUUUUGGAACGUCGGCGAUGUUGAUUCAGAGGUUGAAGCUGUUGCCGCAGGCUGCCUGGAAUGCCAUUUUGGCAAGCUCUUUCAAUCUGUUCGCCGUCGUGCUGGGGGAGCUUCACCGUCAGGUUGACGAGCAAUUGUGGACGCUGAAUAGGUCUGUGGGAGACUUCGAGAGACACCAUUCUACCGUAGCGACGCAGAACUUCGACCAGAAUUGGGUCGAUCUCCACUAUGUCGCAAAGAACAUCAUCCACAUCAAAGAGGCUUCCAAUGCCGUCUUGCACACUGUCUCGCACAUGAUCCGGGAGCAGUCAGAUAGUUGCAUGGUCUCGCGGGAUGAAGCUCGAAAGACGAAUUCUGCGUUGCAUCACCAAGAGAGUCUGUUCGAAUCGGUGAGUCUGAGAGCAGUCAGUAUGGAGAAAAGAAUGCAGAACGUGAUCAACCUUAGCUUCAACUUAGUGGCGCAGAAGGACAGCAGCACAAUCAAGAUUGAGAGCAGCUCAAUGCACACGAUUGCAUUGACAACACUCAUCUUCCUGCCAGUGUCCACGGUGGCGAGCAUUUUUGGCAGCGCUUUCUUCGACUUCGGCGGGGAUAAUCACAACGAUCUCACCUUGUCAAAACACUUUUGGAUCUUCUGGAUCGUCAGCGUGCCGUUGACAGUCGCUGUCUUGACGGUCUGGAUCUACUUCCAUCCUUCCAAUUUCUGGCGCUGGCCAGGUCUGAAAAAGACAAGAAACCGAGUGAAGGCAGAGGACACUGCCGACAACCUUGCAGAGUCGAAGGAGGAUGCCCAAAACAAGGAACAGACUAAAAAGCUGAGACAACCAUUGGAACAUGUCAAGCUCAUUCUUCUCGAUAUAGAGGGCACUAUAUGUCCCAUUACUUUUGUCAAAGAUACUCUGUUCCCAUACGCUCUCAAAGCACUGCCAGACGUGCUAGCAAACAAAUGGGAUGAUCCGACAUUUAUAUCCUACCGCGACGCCUUCCCUGAAACAGCUCGCUCGUCACCCGAAGCAUUUGAAGCCCAUGUCAAAGACUUAACUGAGCGAGACGUCAAGAUCGCUUACCUCAAGAACUUGCAAGGGUAUCUCUGGGAAGAAGGCUAUAAAUCCCACGCAUAUUCAACGCCCAUCUACCCUGACGUUCUCAAGGCCUUCGACAUCUGGUCCUCUUCUACUAGCUCAUCCACCAAGGAGAUUGCCAUCUAUAGCAGUGGCUCGAUGUUUGCGCAGAAGCUACUCUUUCAACACAUCAAAGACCCUUCGGUUCCCGAUGAUCCUAAGGCAGUCCUCGACAGGCGUGACAUUGUUGAAGACUGGUUUGAUACGACUAACGCCGGUCUCAAGCAUGAAGUCAGCAGCUACGAGAAGAUAGCCAAAGAGCUGCAGCGGGAUCCGAAGGAGGUGCUGUUCCUCAGUGAUAAUGUCAAGGAGGUGCGUGCGGCGAUUGUGGCUGGUAUGCGGGCCGUGGUCGUGAAUAGGCCCGGAAACGCGCCACUGUCUGAAGACGAUAAGGAGGAGUUCGAGAUUGUGGAGAGCUUUGAGCAGCUCGAGCUAUGA